AUGAAGUACAGCACCGGCCUUCUCGGCGCAUUGAGCGCAGGACUCGUUGCAUCCGUCCCACUGGAGUCGCGACAGACUGGCAAUAUCGACGUGACUGUCCUGCAGUUCGCGCUGACGCUCGAGCAUCUCGAGAACAAGUUCUACUCCGAUGCGCUUAAGAAGUUCUCUGAGGGCGACUUCGCUGCCGCCGGCUAUGGCGCCACCUACUACGAGGACCUGAAAUACAUCGCGAGCGACGAAUCCAGCCACGUUGCGCUUCUCAGCAGCGCCUUGUCAGCUGCUGGUCAGACGCCAGUCCAGCCAUGUACCUAUAGCUUCCCCUAUACUGAUGUGAAAUCCUUCAUCUCACUGUCCAGCAUCAUCGAAGGUGUCGGCACGUCUGCGUAUCUAGGUGGCGCUCCUCUCAUCACGAGCAAGGACUACCUGACCGUCGCUGGCUCGAUCCUCGUCACCGAAGCGCUGCACACUUCCUACCAGCGCGCGGCCGUCGCUGAGGUCCCGUUCGCCAGCCCUUACGGAACCCCUCUCGAUCCAACCUCAGUCUACACCCUAGCCGCGGCCUUCAUCACCUCAUGCCCCGCGACCAACCCUCCCCUGCCAUUCACUCCCCUGCCAGGCCUGACCUACAACGCCACCCAAUCCUGCGCCGUGCCCAAGAUCCGCAAGCGCAGCAUCACCUGCCGUGCGCCUAAGCCCAAGCCAUCAGGCACCGAAGGCGGCUACCCCAGCGGCACCGCCACCGCGACACCAAUCCCCACCCCGACCGGCAACUCAACAAUGAACCCAGUGACCUGCGAGAAGUUCGCCGGCGACAGCAUCGUGCUUACCGCCGCUGGCAACGGUACCCUCCCCGCCACUACAUACGCCACGUUCGUCUCUGGACUCAAUGUCGCGAGCGUCCAAGCUGCUUCUGUGGUCGGGCAGAGCGUUACUGUUGCGAUCCCGGCUGCGGCAAUGGGUCAGACUUAUGUUUUCUUGACCAGUGCUGCUGCCGCGGGCAAGCUGGACAGUACUACUAUCAUUGCCGGGCCUGCGAUUGUUGAAGUCGCGCCGCCUCCGCCAGUCUAUGACGUGAACGUCAAGCGGGAGAUCGAGUAG